AUGCGCAUAAGGAAGAAGCCGAUCAUUUUACUGAUGUUGUAUUUGGUGAAGCUACGAACAUGGCGAGCCACCUGUGAGAUCACGAACGACGUGCACGUCAGUCUAGCUGAUACGAACUUCAGCCAUGUUGUGGUCUUACCCCUCCUAAAACUCUUCAGCACACACCCUUCCAGCCACUAUCCACCGCUGAAAAGUCUUUGGGAGCCUCCACAAGAGUUGAGAAACUGCGUCGACUUGGUCUCGAUGCGUCUACUUCGCAACAAUGAUUAUGGAGGUUUCAGCCUUACGGACCUCCAUGGGAACAACGUUCCGCCUUACGCUAUUUUGUCACAUACUUGGGGACUUGAUGCUGACGAAGUGAGCUUCGAAGACGUCGGAAACUACGCAGAUGCGCUGUCAGUCCUAGCGAAGCCCGGCUAUAUCAAACUGCAAUUUUGUGCUCGGCGAGUUGCUCAAGAUGGAUUGCAAUACUUUUGGGUUGACACAGCAUGCAUCAAUAAGCAAAGCGAUCGGGAGCUCUCUGAAGCCAUCAAUUUCAUGUACCACUGGUACCAGCGCGCAGCAAGAUGUUACGUCUACUUAUCCGACGUUGUGGCUAGCGAUGGGUGGGAAAAGUUCCGCCAAAGCAGAUGGUUCACUCGGGGCUGGACCCUGCAAGAACUGCUAGCUCCGAGGCGAGUCGAUUUCUACGAUGCGAACGGAAAACAUCUUGGCGAUAAGCAUACGAUCGCUGAGCAGAUCAGCUAUGCAACCAAAAUACCACAUGGCGCACUAACCGACCAACCUCUACACAAUUUCAGCGUGGAGGAGCGACUAACCUGGGCGCAGCAUCGCCGAACGAAGCGUGAGGAGGAUGGCGCAUAUUCUCUGCUCGGUAUCUUCGAUGUCUCAAUGCCACUUGUCUAUGGAGAGGGUAAAGACAAGGCGUAUUAUAGGCUCCUGCACGAAAUAGAAUCGUCCGGCCACUGA